GACAACACAAACGAUCAAUGUCAAGUUGUUUUGGUGGCGCGAUCCAGAACAUUAUCAUUUCAUUUAAAUUGUAUAUUGCUCGUCAUUCUCGGUGAACAAAUUUUAUUUUUCGGUUAGACCGCUUUGAACUCGACAAAAUAAACGAGUUCGUUUGAAAUGGCACAACAAAAUGUCAGCCGAUUGGCAAAUAAAGUAGCUGUUAUCACUGCUUCAACUGAUGGCAUCGGUUUUGCGAUCGCUCAAAGACUCGCUGCCGAAGGUGCCAAGGUGGUUGUUAGCAGUCGAAAACCACAGAAUGUCGAGAAAGCUGUAAAUCAAUUGAAGAGUGAUGGUCAUUCUGAUGUGCUUGGAGUCAAGUGUCAUGUUUCAGACGCAAAUGAUCGCAAGAAAUUAUUCGAUGAAACCAUAAAGAAGUUUGGAAAGAUUGAUAUUUUGGUGUCGAAUGCUGCGGUUAAUCCAACAGUUGGAUCGGUGCUAGAUUGUUCAGAAGAAGCCUGGGAUAAAAUAUUCGAUGUGAAUGUCAAAGCAUCAUUCCUUUUAGCCAAAGAAGUGACACCGUUAUUGCGCAAACAAUCCAGUGGCAGCAUCAUAUUCAUGUCUUCGUACGCUGGACUCAAUCCGUUCCCGUUGCUCGGUGCAUAUUCGGUGAGCAAAACCGCACUAUUUGGAUUGACCAAGGCAUUGAGUCAAGAUCUUGCUUCGGAGAAUAUUACUGUUAAUUGCGUUGCGCCUGGAAUUAUCAAAACCAAAUUUUCGUCGGCAAUGUAUGAAACUGAAGUUGCCAGAGAAACCGCUCUAUCGAUGAUCCCGAUGAGAAAAUUGGGUGAAGUCGAAGAUAUAUCUGGUAUUGUAGCUUUUUUGGCAUCCAAUGAUGGUGCGUAUAUAACUGGUGAAACGAUUGUGGCUUCAGGUGGAAUGCCAUCAAGACUUUAAAUAUGGAAACGGGACUCGAAUAUCUUGGAUAAUGAGAAUUUUUGUUACACAAAUAAAAAAUGCUAAUUGUUCGCUUUUAAAAACAACAUAAA